AUGAAGAGAAUGAAAGAACCAGAAACUAUAAAAGAUUAUGCAGAUCAACUACUCGACUUAGCCAACAAAGUGAGAUUGUUUGGUAAGGAUUUUAUUUAUGAAAGAAUUAUUCAAAAAAUUCUUGUCACACUUCUUGAGAAAUAUGAAGCCACAAUCUCUUCUUUAGAAAAUUCUAAGGAUAUGUCAAGCAUUACCUUGGCAAAACUUAUUAAAGCUUUGCAGGAAUUAGAGCAAAGGAGAAUAAUAAGGAAAGAAGGUUCUGUUGAAGAUAUCAAGUGUAACAAAUAUGGUCAACUGGGCCAUGUGGAGAGAGUAUGCAAGUCACAAACGCAACAAGAAGAAGCCAAGGUUGCUGUAAAUCAAUAUGAAAAAGAGCAGUUGUUUGUAACAACUUCUUUUGCUAGCAAAAACACUUCUGAAAAUUGGUUAAUUGAUAGCGGAUGCACAAAUCAUAUGACCAGUGAUCAAGAGCUCUUUAAAGAACUAGAUAAAUUUGUUAUUUCCAAAGUCAAAAUUGGAAAUGGAGAAUAUCUUGACGCAAAAGGCAAAGGAACAAUUGCAAUUCAAAGCCCUGUAGGUUUGAAACUUAUAGCUGAUGUUUUCUUUGUUCUCGACCUUGAUCAAAACCUCUUAAGUAUUGGGCAGCUACUUGAAAAUGGUUUCAAAGUGUUGUUUGAAGAAAAAAACAUGUGUCAUGAAGGAUCCCGAUAA